CACACCGGCGUCUCGCGCGUCGACCCCAGCACACAGUCGCGACUCCGUUCGCGCAUCCCCCGCACACACCGCGUCGCUCACCGCACGCGCACACCGCACACGCGCGUUUCACGCGUUCCCGCACACACCGCGCGCGCCAUUCCGCGCGUCUGAAUCCAGCGACGAUGGAAACACUGAUGAAGGAAAAACACAAGGACGCGCGCGCGCGCGUCGCGAACGAGGACGCGCUCUUCAUGGUGACCGUCCGCCCGAAAGACGAGUCGAACGCGACGUCCACCGACGACGCGAAGAUCUUCACGAGCCUGAUGCCCGAGAACGCGGUGACGCUCGUGGACGAGCGCGGAGGCAUGGGCGCGGUCAAGCCGUCGCGCGUGCAGCUCCUCACGAAAUCGCGCGUCUCCGUCGCGCUCUUCUCGCACACGCUCCUCGCGGAGGAGAUCGUCGACAGGUUCAUCGCCGCGCGCGACGCGCACCUGGACGACCCGAAAGCCCGCGCGAAGGCGCUGAAGGACAUGCUCGCGGAGCUCCACGCCGCGGACCACGUGUUUUCGUUCGCCGUCUUUGACGACUCGGCGAGAGCGUUCGCCGCGUGGACGCCCCGAGGCGCGCCGCUCUCAUUCGGCCACCGCGAAGACGGCAGCGUCGUCGUCGUCGCGAACCAGCCGCGGUCGCGCACGCUCGUCGGGACGCACCACGGCGUGAAGCUCGCGCAUCUCCCCGCGGGGAGGUUUAUCUACGGCCACUCGUUCCUGAAGCCGUUCGAGUUCACGUCCAUGUGGGCGUCGGCGGAGGCGAACCGCGGCGGCGCGGCGGCGCAAACCGCGCCGGCGUCGCCGACGCUCGGAGCGAUCGAUAACCUGGACAAGCCGAAGCUGAGCCCCGUGGAGUCGCGCGACUGGCGGUGGGCGAAGACGGGGAGCCGCGCGGAGGUUGAGGACAGGUGGACGACGAAGAAGACGCCGCGGUCGGUCGUCAUGAACGCGGCGGUCGCCGAGAAGGAAAACGUCGUCGUCGAGAAGAAAUUCUGCCCCAAGGAGAUCGCCGCGACGAUCGCCGCGAUCGCCGAGGAGGUCGCCGCGGAGUCCGCGCUCCAAGCGGACGCGCCCAUCUUCUCGCCGCUCCACGCGGACGCGCCCGCGUUCGCGCCCGUCUCCCCGGAGCUCGCGGCCAAGGCGAGAGAGACGUUCGCGUGGGGCGCGGUUCUCCUGCGCAACAUGGUCAACGAGCGCGCCGUCAACAGAUUUAUGACGCGCGCGGACAAGAAGUUCAUGACGGUUCUUCUCAUGCGCGCGGCGGCGUUCACGCCGCUGUCGUCGUCCUCGGAGGAGCGCGCGAAGGCGCUCGCGGACGCGCUGCUCAGCGCGAAGGAUUCCGAGGUGGACUCUACGGUGGUAACCGCGCCGGCGGCGUCCAUCGCGACGGCGACCACGAAGGGCCUCGCGCACGCCGUGCAGUCGACGACGAGAGAGAUCACGAAGAAGCUCGUCAAGAAGCAGUCGUCGCGGACGUCCGCGCUCGCGCUGCCGGCGAAGAGGGCGACCGUCGCGGUCGGGAACGGCGGCGGGGAGUCGUCCGUCGUCGUGUGCGACCUCAACGGACGCUGCUGCGUCGGCAACCAGUGCUUCGUGUAAUACGCGCGCGGCGGUUGGCGUCGGCUUUUUCGCGUGAAUUUGUUGUUCGUCGCGCGCGCGACGCGCGAAGCGCGAACGGGGGAGGAUGCCCCGCUCGCUCGCGCGCGCUCGCGAUGUUGUUUGUUUUUCAAUUUGUACCACGAGAGGGAUACAGUACGUACUACUGUAAGGGAUGGCCGCGCAGAGGGGCGGCGGCCGGCGUUUGUUUCGAUUACAAGACGGGCGGAAGUGUGAUAUCAGUUUUCAAUUUUACCGGCGGCGGGGCGCGAGUCGCGCGUCGCCGGGUGUACCACGAGAGCGUUUCAGAGGAUGUUAGCCAUAGAGUUUGUGCGAUAAUACGUGCGAACACUCCUCUUCAUU